AUGAAGCUCUUCUUCUUCUUCAAGCGCUAUUACACCUCACUCCUCCCCUCCAAUCUCCCCAAACCCCAGAACCCACCACCCAAACAAUCCCAAAUCCUCCGCCUCUGCAAAUCCGGCCUCCUUCUCGACGCCAUUCAUCUCCUCAACUCCACAAACCCCUCCAAACUCACCCUCAAACCUCUCCUCUACGCUUCACUCCUCCAAACAUGCACCAAAGCCGUCUCUCUCACUCACGGCCUCCAAAUCCACUCCCACGUCAUCAAAACCGGCCUCGAAACCGACCGCUUCGUCGGCAACAGCCUCCUCUCCCUCUACUUCAAGCUCAUCCCCAACAUGACCCAAACCCAAAAAGUGUUUGACGCCCUGUAUUUCAAAGAUGUGAUAUCGUGGACUUCCAUGAUCACCGGCUACGUUCGCGCCGGGAAGCCUGCUACUUCAGUUGAGUUGUUUUGGGAGAUGGUGAGGUUCGGAAUUGAGCCGAAUGACUUCACUGUCUCCGCGGUGGUCAAGGCCUGUUCGCAGCUCGGGCGCGUGAGCCUGGGACGGUGCUUACAUUGUUUAGUUGUGAGUAGAGGAUGUGAUUCGAAUCCGGUAAUUAUUAGUGCUCUGAUUGACAUGUAUGGGAGAAACCAUAGGCCGGGGGAUGCACGUCAGCUGUUCGAUGAAAUGCGUGAACCGGGGGCGAUAUGUUGGACGUCGGUUAUAUCUGCGCUGACGCGGAGCGAUUUGUUUAGGGAGGCAUUGGGGUAUUUUUACUUGAUGCAGAGAUGUCAUGGGUUGUUUCCUGAUGGGUUUACGUUUGGGACUGUGUUGACUGCUUGUGGGAAUUUGGAGAGGCUGAGGCAAGGGCGAGAAGUGCACGCGAAGGUGGUUACAUAUGGGAUUAAGGGGAAUGUGGUUGUGGAGAGUAGCUUGGUUGAUAUGUAUGGGAAAUGUGGGAGUGUGGAUGAUUCUCGACGGGUUUUUGAUAGGAUGGCUGUGAAGAACUCUGUUUCGUGGUCUGCGUUGCUCGGGGUGUACUGUCAAGCUGGGGAGUUUGAGUCUGUUAUUAAGAAUUUUAGGGAAAUGGAAGAGGCUGACCUAUAUUGCUUUGGAACUGUUCUUCGUGCGUGUGCAGGUUUGGCGGCUGUGCAGCAUGGGAAAGAAGUUCACUGCCAGUAUGUGAGGAGGUGUGGUUGGAGAGAUGUGAUUGUUGAGUCGGCUCUAGUUAAUCUUUAUGCAAAAUGUGGCUGCAUAGAUUUUGCGAGUAGUGUUUUCGCGCAGAUGCUGGUUAGGAAUUUGAUUACAUGGAACUCGAUGAUUUGUGGGUUUGCUCAGAACGGGCAAGGUGAAGAAGCUCUUAAAAUAUUUGAUGAGAUGAUUAAGGAGGGGAUGAAGCCUGACUAUAUCAGCUUUAUUGGGGUUUUGUUUGCUUGUAGUCAUGCAGGUCUAGUUGAUCAAGGGCGAAAGAAUUUUAUCUUAAUGACGAAAAAGUAUGGGAUCAAACCUGGGAUUGAACAUUAUUGUUGCAUGGUUGAUCUCCUCGGCCGUGCGGGGCUACUGGAAGAAGCAGAGAAUUUAAUAGAGAGUGCCGAGUGUAGAAAUGAUUCUUCCCUUUGGGCAGUUCUUCUAGGUGCUAGCACAAGCUGUACGAACUCUGCUACUGCAGAGCGCAUAGCCAAGAAAAUGAUAAAACUUGAACCUGACUACCAUUUGAGUUAUGUUCUUCUAGCUAAUGUAUACAGAUCAGUAGGCCGAUGGGAUGAUGCCGUGGAGAUUGCCAAGCUGAUGCAAGAUAGAGGAGUUAAGAAGAAUCCGGCUAAGAGCUGGAUUGAAUCUAAAAGUAGAUUGGGUUCUCAUAUUCGUGUUGGUGAUGUGCACAUACCUAGAAAAAUCGAUUUUAAUGCCGUUUGGGGACAUUGUGUGAAAACCAGAAUAGAUCGGAGUGAAUCAACAGUAGAGUAUCAACCCAUGUUGGAGGCUGGAGUACAGUUCUAACAGAAGUAAUUGGCACCCCUCAUGGGACUGCUUCAUGUCCUC